CACUCUAGACCACAGGUUUAGCCUCGCCAUGAAGCGCGAGCUGCGUUCUGUGACGCUCAAGGCUUCGCCCUUACCGUCUCAAGCACCCGCACGUCCGUCCACCCGCUCGUGGCGCUUCGGAUCGUUGCUGCUACUCUACGCCGCCGGUUUCCUGUUGCUCGAGCUGUUGCUCUUCCGACACGCUCAUUUCUCGACCCAUCGCCGCCUCGUGGAGGUCCCAGAGGACUCAGAGCGCUUCGCUCUGUCCCCUCCAGACCUCGAGGACGCCGAGUUCGCCAAGAUCCAAGUGCCACAGUGGAUGACAGACAAACCCAGCGACGUGCCUGUUCAGGAGCGUGAACAUCUAAGUUGGCUACAUUCAGCGUGUGUAGCCAAGAAGCAGGCUAUUAUCACAUGGCAACAUGGCUCACCAGAGUAUUCUAACCAAGAGGAGAGAGAAAAGGCCCCAGUACUAGAAAGAGGCGACCCACGAGUUAUUGAACAACUAAAGAAAUGCCCCGACGUGGAUAUUUAUCUACCCGACGGCAUCCGAGGACUUGGAUACUGUGAAGAUGCAGUGGCGUUUACAAAAUAUUUGCACUCGAGAUUAUUGCCGUUGUGGGCGUUGGAGGACAAAUUCUUCGAUCCAGAGACGAACAAGAGCGUCAUGUACUACGAGCUGUGUCCACUGACGCCGAUGAUAUUCUUUAAUCAUUAUUGGGAUGAUCGACCAACUCGGUCGGAGUGGCCGAGAGCGAAGCCGAUUUAUAUCAUGCCAAAUAUCGAGAUGCGCGAGCUGACGGCGAAAGAAUAUUGGAGUGUGGAUGCUGUGCUGUGCAGAACGUUGGCCUGUGAUCAGCGAGUCAAGGCGUGGUAUGCACAGGAAGGAAACCCACGUAAUGCCAAGGUGUUUUACACUAGAUUCACGUCUUCAGACACCGCUGCACACGCCGUCGAGAUGCUCGGAGAAGAGAAUAUCCGACGGAAAAACUUUGCAAAAGUACGAUUCACACACACGGCUGGCUCCAGUCCGUAUAAAGGCACCGAGCAGGUACUUGACUGCUGGUUGUCGCACCCAAAUUUCCCACGUCUGGAUCUUUAUAUCCACGAGGAUAUCUAUGAAGAACGGUACCAAUCUACCUACGAAGAUGCGAUUCUCGAGGCGACCAAUGUGAAUUUGAUUCGUAAACGGAUGGACGUGGUGGGUUUUGGAAAAGUGAUGGCCGAGUCGUCCUUUUUCCUCUGUCCUAGCACACAAGAAGGUUACGGUCACUACAUCGACCAAGCUCGAGCAUCAGGAGGCGUUAUCAUCACAACGGACGCACAUCCAAUGAACGAACUUAUCUCUUCAAAGGAUAUGGGUGUUCUAGUGGAAACCCAGCGAGAAUCCGGUCCAGAUAUUCUACUUGGUGGUGCAUACCAUAACACGCAUGGACUUAACUCGGCUGAUGGACUUGUAGCCAAAUUUUCAGCUCAAAACCUCUGCAAUUCCGUGGAAUAUGUGCUUAAACAUACCACCUCAACACAACGUGAAGCCAUGGCUAAGGCAGCUCAACGGCAGUAUUCCGAAGACACCAAGUUCUUUGCGCAGCGGAUGAUCCAGCUGCGACUAUUUGCUCGCCAGCAACGCAAUUCCUGGAUACCACCCGAGGAAGACAUUGCUGUGGGCGACCCGGAACGAAUGUUUUUCCGGCGCACAUGACCUCCAAACUCGUAGCCCAUUUUUAAGUUUUACUUUACAAGCUGAUGAAAGCCUUACUGAUUAUCUGCUUUGUUGUCUUGCUCGUCAUAACGUGCGACGGUGGGACAGAUUUUAUUUUAGUUUUUUUUUAAGUAGAAAGUAGUAAAAAAUGAAAUUCCAAAGAUAC